AUGAUGGCGGCGAGCCAUAGCGGAGCGUCAGGGCACGCCAUUGCCUCCUCGUACAUGGUAGGAACGAAAAUGGAGGGAGCAGAGGAGAAGGCGAAGACAGAGAGGGAGGUGUGGAAGGCGCGGAUGACUGCUGGUGCCGCUGCUGGUGCUGUUGGUGGAGGCGUUGCCGGUGUCGGUGCUGGUACUGCUGCUGGUGCCGCUGCUGGUGCCGCUGCUGGUGCCGCUGCUGGUGCCGUUGCUAGUGCCGCUGCUGGUUCUGUUGCUGGUACUGUUGCUGGUGCUGCUGCUGGUGCCGCUGCUGGUGCCGCUGCUGGUCCCGCUGCUGCUGCCGAUGCCGCUCCCGCUGCUGCUGCCGCUGCUGGUCCUGCUGCUGCUGCGGCUGCUGGCGCUGCUGCUGGUGCCGCUGCUGGUCCCACUGCUGGUGCCGCUGGUGGAGAGGAGGUGGCUGAGGGGGCUGUUGCAUGA